AUGGCCUCGGCAUCAGAAGAAACCAGAGAACACUCCCUGGAAGCUCACACAGCUCUUCUAGAAUGGGUUUGCAGCCAUGGAGGGCACUUGAAUGAAAGCGUGUGCAUAGCCCAAGACGCCCAGCGUGGCGUACAUGUCCAAGUGAAAGCCGACUGGCCCACGGCAGUCCCAAAGGAGACACGGGUAAUCAAUGCACCGCUAGGCGUGACAAUGUCCUACUAUAAUGCAGUAGACUACAGCUCUACGAAAGGAUCGUUCUCUUCGCACGGCGUGAAACUCCCACAGGCGUUCAUCGAGGCCGCGGGACUAGCAGAAACGAUGACUUUUUUUCUGAUGGCCCACUUCCUGCGUGGAGAGCAGAGCUUUUGGUACCCGUAUCUUCGGACUUUGCCACAACCCGGGCAGAUGACAACGCCGAUGUUCUUUGGAGAAGAGGAUGUGGAUUGGCUGCAAGGAACGGGCAUUCCGGAUGCAUCGGUGCAGAGGUAUCUGGAUUGGGACAAGCAGUAUGAUCUUUCAAUCGAGAAGCUGGAAAAGGCGGGAUUCGAGGGAUCUGAGGCGUUUACUUGGGACCUGUAUCUCUGGGCAUGGACUAUCCUGACAUCUCGCGCAUUCUCCGCAAAAGUGCUAUCAAAUGCCGUAGAGGACUCUGAUCUCCCGGAAGAGGGAAUUUCAGUGCUCUUGCCGCUCAUUGACCUACCCAAUCAUCGGCCCCUGGCGAAGGUGGAGUGGAGAGCAGGUGAAGAGGACGUUGGUAUGAUUGUGCUGGAAGACGUUUCGCCAGGUCAGGAGAUCUCGAAUAAUUACGGUCCUCGAAACAACGAGCAAUUGCUCAUGAACUACGGAUUCUGCAUUCCCAAUAAUCCAACAGACUACCGCAUUGUAAAGCUGGGCGUUGCAUCAGACAGUGCUCUCGGUCAGGCGAAAGCCCGCCGUCUCCAGAUGUUCCCCGAGCAAACUGCCAAUACUGACGACCAUUACUACAUUUUCAAUGUGUUCUACCCACUCCUGACACCUCAAGGUCCUAUGGAGCAUACGAUCAUCUCGCCGGCUCUGUUUAAUGCCCUUACAAUCAUGGAAGCAAAUGAUCGAGAGCGCAAGGAUAUUCAGAUCGAAGAAUCAGGCAUCUCUAUCCAAAGAAAGUACGGUAACAGCCGUAGUACGCUAGCGGCACUUUCUCAGACCUGCCUUGAGCUCAUUGCGCACAUUCUCCAACUGCAAGAAAGCGCUCAGAACUUACCAUCAGAGCCGGCAAACCUCAAACAAAUAUUUGCGAAGAUCUACCGGGAAUGUCAGAUGACAUUGGACAAGACUGCAUUGAUCAUCACAUCCUGGACUCUGGCUCGGGCGCGUGAGCACGAGCGCGACGAGAGCUGGGAGGGCAUCAAGAGCCUAUUGAACGAGCACAUGUCGAAAAUUCCAUCCGGAUCUUUGUCUGAUGAUAUUGUAUCUCGGACAAAGGUGCGUAUUCUCGAACGGCAAUCUCUUAUCCCGAAAAACGGCGAACUAUUUCGACUCUCAGAGCUCUUCCGUCUCUUGCCAAAAGACCUGCAGGUACCAAGUCAGAAGUACUUCAUAGGUCGUGUUGCGAAUGGGCCCUGGGCUACAGACCCACAAGUCAUGUUUGCGCUUGCGAUUAACUUCUUGGUUGCAACUGCUACGUCUGAUGACCAGGAGUUACGGCCGUUGCUGUCCCCACGGUUGAUUCGAUGGGUGGAGCUUUUGGUCAAUGAAUACCCAUUACCCGUUAAAGGUGCAAAUGAAUCUGUCUCGGCUGCUCAGCAACUUCUCCAAGCUCUUUCCAAAGACCGAGAUGGAUUUCUGCAAUUGGCUGAACAGGAUAGUGUCACCUGGUUACCGUCGGCUAGCAAAUGGUUGUCUCCGGAAUGGCUACAGUGGGCGUGCAUUGUGGGUGAUGCCGAGAGGGUGUUGAUUCCCGUUGAACCACUACAGGUGCUAGUAACGGAGGAACCGACAAUGGCGAAGCAGGCUGUGUUAUAUGUACCGCAGUUAUAG